AUGACGUCUCGUACUGUGAACCUUCGCGCUGCAUAUGGCAAGAAUGUACUUCAUGAUGUUAUGCUGAAGAAAUACCAAAUGAGCAUCCCAAAAGCUGGACCCAGCCUGCCGAGAGCACCACCAUCUCGUGACAGAGCCCCAGCCGGUGGUUGGUCGCCUGGACCCGUUUGCAUUAUCGGCGCUGGUUCAGCUGGUUUAGCCACGGCCAUUUACAUUCACGACGCCUGUGUGCAGGCCGGUGUCACGCCUCCGACUAUCGACAUCUACGAGGCUACUGAGAGGUCAGGCGGACGUGUCUAUACCUAUCAAUUCACUGACACUGCCAAUCCGGCAACGCACAACUAUUAUGACAUCGGGGCCAUGCGCAUACCUGAUAUCAUGACAAUGAAUAGUACCUUGAAAAUGAUUGAUUACCUCAAGGAUAAUAAGGGGCAGGACAUUAUCAGACAGCCAUACACCUACAGCGACCCCGAGAAGCGAGAGCCUCUUAUGUACUAUUAUCGGGAUUACCAGCCAAGUGAUAUCGACAAGGAGCUGUCGCAACUCGACGGAGUGAUCCAGCCAUUCAUUUUUCAACUAGAAUCUGCGGCAUCGACUGAGGCCUGGGACCAGAAGUUCCAAACAAUGUGUCAGACUUACGACAAGUAUUCCACUCGAGCUUAUUUGCAGCUGGGGAACAUUUACGGCACCACAACUCCAAUCAAGUAUGGCAGCGAGAUAUCUAUGCAGUCGACUGGCCUUUUCGACCAGGCCUGGAUGGAGACCGUGUGCGACUAUGCCGACUUCCAGGCCGCCAGCGCCGGUAAGUGGUACAGACUUGAAGACUCUCAAACAAAGAACGGCAUGCAAGCUAUCACCAAUGCGAUGGAGAACUAUCUCAAGUCUAUGAAUAUAAAUGUCAAGUAUAAAAGUCCUGUUACAAGCCUAGUAUACAACCAAACCGACAUCGCGGUCAGUGUCGUGGGCGGACAGGCUCAAAAUUACGAGUCCGUCAUCAACACCACGACCAUGGGCUGUCUUGGCAGAAUGGACAUCGCCGGACUCCAGCUGGAUGACGACGUCUUGACUGGGGUCAGAGCCCUCAGCUAUGACCGGGCCACCAAGGUCGCCAUCAAAUUCAACUCGGAUUGGUGGACACCCCUUCUCAACAAGCAAGCAAGUCGGAAUCCCAAAAUCCCCGGCCCAGACAACAAUCCUCCAGCCGUCAGCUUCCUGGGUGGCGUCUCCAGCACGGACCUACCCAUUAGCAACGUGGUGUACCCAUCCUGGCAAGACGAGGGUUCCACCAUUCUCAUGAUCUCAUAUGCCUGGGCGCAAGAUGCCACGCGUAUGACCUCGCUCAUUCCAGAUUACGCCGGCCAGACACAGAUCAACAACCAAGAUCCCGUAGCUGUGCUAUGCAUGCGAUAUCUUGCCCAGCUCUGGCAACAAAUUCCCGGGGCGCCAACGCUGGACGAGCUCCAGAACAAGUACUACCAGUCCCAUCACGCCUGGGCCUGGGCCAAUGACCCUAACACCGCCGGCGCGUUCGCGCUCUUCGGGCCCGGUCAAUUCUCGUACCUUUACCCGCUCAUGCAGCAGCCUCACUGCCGCGGGGACGGGAGCAACAAAGUCGGGUUCUACUUCGCGGGCGAGGCGACCAGCGCGCAUCAUGCAUGGAUUAGCGGAGCUUUUGACAGCGCGUACACGACUGUGUGGCAGUGGGCGGGCAUUCAAGAUCCACCCGCACCUGGCCAGAUGAACGCUGUGCAACGGGCGAUGUUUGAACUGCCGUUUGGCGAAGGUCCCAAGAAGCAUGUUGCCGAGAUGGAUGAGAGUCUCUUGAACUGGGCGAUCUGGGCCUCAGAACAAAGAGAGAAGGGGGAGAAGGGGAAGUAA